UUAUCAUUGGCCAAGAAAUAUUUGGAAGAAUAAGAGCUACACAAUGACGAUGAAACUAAGUGUUUUGGGCCAGUUUUUACUGGUAAUAUGUUGUCUAACGGCAGUCAUCAGUGCUAUGCCCAAUCCACAGGCACAGGCCCCAAGUGGAGCUUUGGUUGCCACAGCUGAAAGUGGACACUUUUCUUAUGAUGAUCCUAACAAAUGGAAGGAACACAAUUCGCUGUGCGCCGGCGAACAUCAGUCGCCCAUCAACAUUGACACCAGGAAAAGCAAAACGGCCAAAUUCCCUCCGUUCCGUUUCCACAACUACGCAAAAGGUUUGCCCGAGAAUUUGGAGAACAACGGACACACUGUCCAGUUGACCAUUGACAACUUAAUUAAGGAUUUGCCUACCAUUUCCGGAGGAGGUCUCGAAGGUCCUUACGAGUUUGCCCAAAUGCAUUUUCAUUGGGGAGAAGAUGAAUUCGGCAGUGAACAUAAAAUCAACAAUAAACAAUACGCCGGAGAGGUUCACAUUGUCCACUGGAAUAAAAAAUACGGAAAUUUCGUGAAUGCCACCAAACACAACGACGGUUUAGCUGUCCUGGGAAUCCUGAUUGAUCUGCAAGACAAAGAGAAUAUUGCCUUCAGCCAUAUCGAACAAUUUGACGACAUCAGAGAUGCCAGCAAGAAAAAUGAGAAACUGCCCUACUCCGUCCCGUUGAAGGAUCUCCUUCCCAGCAACGUUGCAAGCUUCUUCCGCUACGAAGGAUCCCUGACCGACGCCAGAUGCAACGAAGAUGUCAUCUGGACCGUUUUUGAAACACCAAUUCACAUCUCCCAUAGUCAGUUGGAGAUGUUCAGGCAGUUGAACGAUGACGAAGGCGAGCCGCUGAGUAAAAAUGUCCGUCCCACUCAACACGAACACGACCGAAUUGUCACUUAUUCUGGUCGAGCCAUGCAAUGUGGCACCUGUUCUACCGCUACUGCUGAUCGUAGUAGUGAAGGUCGAUCCGAUUCGUCUGAAUCCGGCGAAUCAAAGGAAAUUACCAAAUCGAAAACAAGACACUAUGGCUAUUAAUUAAUAACUAUGUUGGGUAUUUAAGAACCGAAAAACUCUCCGUGUUUUAUGUAAUAAAUUUAGUUAAAUGGG